AUGUCUAUAAGUCCACUGGUAACUCAAGGCUCUCUUCAAAUGAAAUGGGAUCCAAAGAAUUUGGAAAUUAGAACAAAGUCUGUAGAGAAGACUUUGGAACCUCUUGUUACACAGGUGACAACUCUUGUGAACCAGAAUGGACCUUCAAACAAGAAAAAAGGCAGAUCCAGAAAAGCGCAUGUUCUUAGUGCUACAGUACAGAAAGCUACCGAAAAUUUUAUCAUUCAGGGAAAACAGAUAGCACAAGAUUUUCCAGAAGUUGAGAAUGAUAUUCUGGCAGCUGUAGAGGAAGUUAGGAAAACUGGUGAGGCUAUGUAUGAUGCCUCCCAAGAGUUUGCAGCUGAUCCUUGCUCAUCAGUUAAAAGAGGGGCAAUGGUUCGAGCUGCACGAGCUCUACUGUCUGCUGUUACACGUCUGCUUAUUCUGGCAGACAUGAUUGAUGUGCAUCUUUUAUUGAAAACUUUACAUUCAGUUGGAGAUGACCUUGAUCGCAUCAAGAAUGCAACCAGCCAGCAGGAACUGUUGGAUGGCUUCAGAGAAUUUGGUCGUAGUGUGGCUGAGUUGUCAGAUCGAUCAGCAAAAAGACAAGCAGACUUAAAGGACCCACGUAGAAAGGAGGAGCUGGCUGCGGCUAGAGCUACUUUGAAAAGGAACAGCAUGAUGCUUCUCACAACCUCUAAAGCAUACAUGAGACAUCCUGAGUUGGCUGCAGCCAGAGCAAAUCGAGACUAUGCCUACAGACAGUUGUGUGAGGCAGUCAAUGUUAUCUCUGAUGUGGCUCAGGCAUCUGGUCAAGCUGGUGUUCAUCCCUUUGAAGGACCAGGAGAACUGGCAGCUGCUUUAGAUGAACUAGAUCGCAAGAUAAUCAUGGAUCCUAUGGCUUUCAAUGAAGUCCGAAGUCGUCCUUCUCUAGAGGAGAGAGUUGAGAGCAUCAUUAGUGGGGCAGCACUUAUGGCUGAUUCCUCCUGCACACGAGAUGACAGGCGGGAGCGUAUCGUCCAAGAAUGUAAUGCGGUUCGCCAGGCUUUGCAAGAUUUACUCACAGAGUACAUAAACAAUACUGGCAAAAAGGAGCCCAGCAAAGAGUUAGAGCAAGCCAUUGACAACAUGACUAAGAAGACAAAAGAUCUGAGGAGACAGUUGCGGAAAGCAGUGGUGGAUCAUGUGUCUGAUACAUUCUUGGAGACUAAUGUGCCAUUGCUGGUGCUGAUUGAGGCUGCCAAAGCUGGAGAUGAGAAAGGAGUUGAAGAAUAUGCUCAGGUGUUUAUGGAGCACGCUAACAAAUUGGUGGAGGUUGCAAACCUUGCAUGUUCUAUGUCUAGCAAUGAAGAAGGUGUGAAGAUGGUCAGAAUGGCUGCUACAGAAAUUGACAGUUUAUGUGUGCAGGUUAUCAAUGCAGCUAGAGUGCUGGCUGCUCGGCCCCGAUCUAAGGCAGCCCAAGAGAAUAUGGAUGCAUUUAAGGAUGCAUGGGAGAAACAAGUUCGUCUGCUUACUGAAACUGUUGAUGACAUCACUACUGUUCAUGACUUUCUUGCUGUGUCAGAAAACCACAUUUUGGAGGAUGUCAACAAAUGUGUGAUUGCCCUGCAAGAAAGUGAUGCUGACACCCUAGAUCGAACAGCUGGUGCCAUCCGAGGACGAUCUACACGAGUCUGCAAUGUUGUAGUUGCUGAGAUGGACAACUAUGAGUCAGGACAGUAUACAGAGAGAGUGAUGGAGGCGGUUGUGAUGCUGAGAGAUCAGAUCAUGCCAAACUUUGCUGAAAAAGUUGAACUGGCAGUGGAUGCUCUCAACUCAAACCCUUCUAAAGAUGUUGAUGAGAAUGAUUUUAUCGAAGCUUCACGUUUGGUUUAUGAUGGUGUGAGGGAUAUCAGACAAGCUGUGCUGAUGAGUGGGGCUGAAUUUGAUGAAUCGGACAGUGAAGACUUUGAAGAUGAAUAUGUUUACGCUCAGUCGAGUGUAACAGAUCAUACUGACCAUGAAGAUGUUUAUGGCAAAAGUGAUCGUGCAAUGAUGAGGCAUUUGCCGGAGGAGGCGAAGGAGGUGAUCCAUCAGGAGGUGGAGCAGUUCAGAAUGGAGAAGGCCAAGCUGGACAGAGAGGUUGCCAAGUGGGAUGAGAGUGGCAAUGAUAUCAUUGUCAUGGCUAAACAGAUGUGUAUAAUAAUGAUGGAGAUGACAGAUUUUACAAGAGGCCGAGGUCCGCUGAAGAACACCAUGGAUGUGAUUAAUGCGGCCAAGAAGAUAUCUGAGUAUGGAACAAACCUUGACAAAAUUGCCACCACUAUUGCUGAUCAGUGUCCUGAAACUCACUCAAAGAAGGAUCUGGAAGCCUACUUGCAGCGCAUUGCCCUGUACUGUCACCAGCUGAACAUCACCAGCAAAGUCAAGGCUGAUGUUCAGAGUGCCAGCGGAGAACUUAUUGUGUCGGGGCUGGAUAGUGCCACAUCUCUGAUUCAUGCAGCCAAAAAUUUGAUGAAUGCAGUUGUGCUCACAGUCAAGGCUUGCUAUGUUGCAUCAACAAAGUAUUCAAAGGCAGCCAAUAAGAAAGAAGUUGUUUUAUGGAGGAUGAAAGCUCCAGCCAAAAAACCACUUGUAAGACGUGAGGAUCCAAAUGAACUUGGAGCAAAAGUCAGGAAGGGUGCAGCAACGAAGUCAGCCAUUGAGCCAAUCAAAGCCCUGAGUGAAUUUCAAGAGGUGGACCCUGACAGCUUUUGCUAG